AUGCUUAUAGCACGUCGUUUUGCAUAUCUUGUACGACCACAAUCGCUACCAGUAACUAAAUUUGGUCCAUUGAGCAUACCUGCACGAAGAUUCAGUAUUUAUAAAUGUAUUGGCCAAGAGUAUAAAGAAUCAACAUUGAAUAAAAACCCUAAAUCGAGUCAAAAGAAUAGCAAACCAUGGUUAGAGCCCCGUUGGAAUAAUAUCAAGGCAAAAUUAGAUGAUACCAGAAAAGUGGUCAAUAAAUAUGCUACUCAAUUGCAGUACCAUUUUAGUAAGGCUCGAGAUGCCAUACGGGAUGCCAAUAAGAAGAUUGCUGAACAAGAGAGAGAUAGAUCAAAUCAAAGGUUAAAUUAUAACAAGGAUGUCGAAAAUGACGGUCAAAUUCAAGGGCUACCAUCUGAAAGAGAGAUAUAUCGUCGUAAAUGGUCUCGAAAGUUAGAAUUUUAUUUGGAUUCAUUACAAGAAACCAUAUUUACCGCUACUAGAGCACUCAACGACGUGACUGGCUAUUCUAGUAUUCAAAAACUACGGAAAAGUAUUCAAUUGAUGGAAGGUACUUUGGAAGAGACUAGAAGUGAGUUAAGAGAGCUAAAGGAAGAUUAUGCGAUGGCCAUUGAAGAACGGACAAGAUCUCAAAGGGAGCUGAAUGAAUUGUUACAGAGGAAAAACAUCUGGACCCCAGAAGAAUUGGAAAGAUUCACCCUACUCUACAAGAAUGAUGCAAUGAACCUAAAGAAAGAACAGCAAUUGAAGACUAAAGUUAAUGCAAUGGAGGUCAAACAAGAAAAACUAAAUGACGAUUUAUACCGUGCGAUAUUGACUCGUUACCACGAGGAACAAAUAUGGUCCGACAAAAUUAGGAGGACUUCUACUUGGGGGACUUUCCUGCUGAUGACGGUUAACAUCAUAUUGUUUCUAGUGUUCCAAUUGCUUUUAGAACCUUGGAAAAGAAGAAGAUUAACCAGUUCAUUUGAGGUUAAAGUAAAGCAAGCUCUUGACCAAUAUGCGGAUGAACAAACCACGGCAUUAAAAGAUUUAUCAGCCACUAUGCACGAUAAAAAGAGUGCCAAUGAGCCCGUGGCCACAGAUGAUGGGGCUAAGACUGCAAUUACACCUACAACCAAAGAAAUUUCACAAAAAACUAUGGAUUAUGUUUAUGAGAAGCCCUGGCAAUUUUACGAAGCCGCUAGAGCUUAUACUAUUCACAUGUGGAACUGGAUCAAGAUAAAAGCAGCUCGCUUCGACCCCUCUGAUGCUCUAAAUUUGCAUUCUGAAAAGACUUUGACCAAUUUACAACUCUACGCCUGUUCCAUCUUCCUAUUUAUAUGCGGUACAGCUAUGUCACGCAUUAUAUGA